UCGCCAAAGACCGUCUGCUACUACGAGUACUGGGUGCACUGGAGGACGGGUGAUGGAAAGCAGGAUCCCAGUGAAAUUGACUACACACUAUGCACGCACAUCGUCUACUCGUACAUGGGCAUUGACGGCGGAACGCACGAGAUCAAACUGCUCGACCCUUAUCUGAUGAAUGAUCUGCACGACAUCGACAAGUUCGCCAAGGCCAAGGGCAACUCCAAGGCGCUCGUCUCGGUGGGCGGCGCCGCCGCAAGCAGCCAAUUCUCCAUCACCGUCUCCGUGGACUCCUACCGAACGGCCUUCGUCAACUCGGUGGUCAGUUUCAUCAGCAGCCACAACUUCGACGGCGUCAUCCUCGACUGGAGCGGCAUGACCGCCUCCGACAACGCCCACUUCAUCGCACUGCUCGACAAGUUCGACGAGAAGCUGGCCAAUACGCCGUACACGCUGGCCGUCACUGUGCCCGCCUCUCUGAACACCGCCGCCUACAACGUGCCCAAGAUCGCCCAGUACGUCGACUUUAUAAACGUCAUUGCGCACGACUACGCCGGCCCGUGGAGCAAACAGGUGGGCCACGCCUCACUUCUGAGCCACGCCCUCUCGACGAUGGAGGCAUACCACAAGGCCGGUGCUCCUCGCUCAAAGUUGGUCAUGUCGGUGCCCGCCUUUGCCCGCACAUGGCGACUGGCAAACCCAGCAAAGCAGGACAUCGGAGAUGAGGCGCUGGGCGGCGGCGAGAAGGGCCCCUACACCCAAGUAGAAGGCCUUCUUAGCUACAACGAACUCUGUGUGUUGAUGCGGGCUCAUGUGAGCCAGUUUUCGCUGGUGCGGGACCCGGCGGAGCACGCCGUCUACGCCGUGUACCUCCGAGACUCGGGCCACGCCGAGUGGCUCAGCUUCGAGGACAGCAAGUCGCUGGCCUUCAAGGCGGACAAUGUGACGCGGUCCGGCUACGCCGGCCUCUCCGUCUACUCCAUCUCCAAUGAGGACGUCCACGGGGUGUGCGGCACGAAGAACCCCCUCCUGCACGCCAUCAACGCCCACUACUGGCGAGGGGCGGUCACCGAGGGGCCGACGCCGCCGAAUCACUUCACCCCCGGGCCGACAGAGGCGCCGGUGACCUUUCCGCCGAAGGUCUUUCACUGCACAAAGCAGGGCAAAUUCCGCGACCCGGUGUACUGCUUCAAGUACUACGACUGCGAGAAGGGCGAGUUUGGCGGCUUCGAGUCUACGGUCUUCUACUGUGAACGGCACCAGGCCUGGGAUGAACAUGCGCAGAAGUGCGUCGAUGCAAAAACGGUGCCCGGCUGCUGA